AUGAAUCUGACUAAGGAAACUACUCACAAGGUUGCUGAAAACUAUCCGACAGCGCACGACCGGUUUCACCCUUCCUGGGGCUCAGGUAGGCACACUCGCCGAGUUUCCGUCGACCUUAUGUUCUACUUGAACCCAAAUUGGACUGUUUUCGAGAAAUACACUCAGUUGCAAAUCAAUUUGGUUUUCACGAGAGACUCAGCUGAAUCUCUCGUUUACGAUAUUCUCUCAAGGAGCAUUUUCCACCUGUUUCGGCAACUCACCUGGAACCCAGCUGAAUCUAUCGUUUGUGAUGUUCUCAGGCAACUGAAUGUGCUACACCACGCCGCCUCAUGUUUCAAUCGCUACGAUAUUCGAGAUAUCGCGAUACAUCAAAUGCGACUCCACAGUUUUCGUAUUAGAUCUUACUUUUCAGGGGACGCGAAGCGGAUUUACGAGAAAACAUACUACUCGUAUGCCUCCCCAACCAGUAAUAUCACCAUUACACCAGAAUUGAAUUCCUCGAAUUGGUGUGCAGCCAACCACUUGUUUUAUAAGCUAAAACGUGGAAAAUUACCUCGGCGACCGAUGAAUGCAUUCUGUCCACUGCUUGCAGAGUUGACUCCAGUAUUCGUCUCCAAUAUCAACUCGAAAUUGUCAGCUUUCACUCUAUUGAUUAGAUGCGGACAACCCUUGACUUGGCGGAAGAAUAUGGAGGAGAUCACGAAACGCUUGAGUGCUGUUGGUGCUACUAGCCUGCCAGGGUGGGGACCACGUUAUCCUCACUGUGCGUGGUUGGAGACACUACAGGAUAUGGCUGCCAACCGAUGUCAGUGGCGUUCUUGUUGUCAGUUUCUAUCCAGAUUGCCUCACACAAAAAUUGCCUCAUAUUUUAGUGGAUACGAUAUUCGAGAAAUCGCAGAAACUACUCACAAGGUUGCUGAAAACGGUUCGACAGCCCACGACCGGCUUUGCCCUUCUUGGGGCUCAUCAGGUAGGCGCAGUCAACCUAAUGUUCUACUUGAACCCAAAGUUCAAGAAAUAUACUCAUUCCAAAUUACUUUGGUUUUCACGAGAGACUCAACUGAAUCUCUCGUUUAUGAUAUUCUACAACUGAAUGUGCUGCACACAGGCCGCCACAUGAUUCAGAAACUACUCACAAGGUUGCGGAAAACUCUUCGACAGCCCACGACCGGUUUCGCCCUUCUGCUUGGGGCUCAUCAGGCGCAGUGCCUGAGUUUCCGUCAACCUUAUGUUCUACUUGACCCAAAUUGGACUGUUUUCGACAAAUACGCUCAUUUUCAAAACCGUUUGGUCACAGAGUUGUUGAAAAUUCUUCGACAGUUCCCCAAUCGUUUCGCCCAUCUUUAG